AAUUCGAAAGGUGAAGAACAUCUGCCUGUCUGCUGAAUGGAAAAUUAGGAAAAGGUCUGCGAAACCGUCGCCGAAUUUGCUUUGUAGUUACCUUUUGGUUAGCCUCCGAGAGGAUAUUUGGAUGGAUCCAAGAAGCACUUGGUAUCAGCCCGAGCAACUUGGACCAGCAACAGAACUUUGGACGAGAAUUUUCAACAGCGCUACGCAGAAUUUUCGGGACCUUCAAAUGGGCGAUAGUAAAGCAGGCGACCGCAAUGGACUGAACGAAUAUGAAUCCAGAAACCGAACACUCCCCCCUCGGGACUCGCAGGAUUUUAUCCCGUUACACGGCGAUUCUGGGACCGAUUUGGCCACAAAACGAUCAGCCAUAAAUGGUUAUCAAAAUGGCGAGAGAACUAGCAGCAAUAAUAUUUUCAAUAAGAGGAGAAAAGACAACCUUGCCAGUACUUACGACUGGAACAGUUCAGGAAAGCUUCGUGACGGUGGAACGCCGUGGUGGUCAAGGCGAAAUGCAGGCAGCCAUCAUGGCUUGCCUUAUCCGGACUUAACCAAUCACAAUGUGGAACUUGGACUCAGUCGUGAGAUUGAAGAUUUCUACUACUUUAUGUAUCCACGCGCUGAGGAGCAUUGGAUGCGUAGAGAAGUCGUCCAAAGAAUAGAGGGCAUCGUCAAGAACAUCUGGCCUGAAGCUCGGGUGGAUAUCUAUGGCAGCUAUCGGACAAUGCUGUACCUUCCAACGAGUGACAUUGACCUUGUGGUGUUUGGAGACCUAGGGGAUUGCCCCUACUUCAGAAUCGGCAACGAGCUAGAGAAGAGCAACAUAGCUGAGAUGGGUUCCAUCAAAGUAUUGGAUAAAGCAUCGGUUCCGAUUGUGAAGCUGACCGAUGACCUGACUAAGGUCAAAGUGGACAUCAGCUUCAACAUGCGAACCGGUACCGCCUGCGCCAAACUGAUUGAGGACUUCAUCAAGCAGUUUCCACGUCUCCCAUAUCUAGUCUUCGUCUUGAAACAGUUUCUACUGCAGCGAGAUCUGAAUGAAGUAUGGACGGGAGGUAUCAGUUCAUACAGCCUCAUCUUAAUGGCAGUCAGCUUCCUACAGAUGCACGUUCGACCAGAACCUACCAAUCUUGGUGUCCAGCUCAUUGAGUUCUUUGAGCUCUAUGGAGUCAACUUCAACUACUUCAAGACUGGAAUCAGCGUCAUGGACGGUGGGCGUUACUUCUCCAAGGAAGACGCCAGAGAGAAGAUGGCUCAAGGGUAUCGUACAUCGCUGCUGUGCAUCGAGGAUCCCCUAAACCCAGGAACUGAUAUCUGCAAGAGUUCUUACGGGUUUAUGGAAGUACGGAAGGCAUUUGGCUACGCUUAUAGCGUCCUGAAACAGGGUCUGCUGACGAGACUGGAUCAAGAAAACUACAUCGACAGUAUUCUUGGUCGCAUUGUACGAGUCACUGAUGAGGUGAUUGAGUACCGGCAAUGGAUCCACGUCAACUGGGCUCACAAGGUCCCCCCACCGAUGAUCUACACCAGGAACUGUAUGAUGAGUAUACCCCCGCCCCAGAACAUCAUGCGCUUAGGGGGCAGCAACAACACCCAGCUUAUCGGCAAUACUGUGAACGCUACUCUGGAUAAUAACGUGGACAAUAUCGCAGAAGGACGGAACAGGGAAGCGUCUGAGGAUACUAGUAACGCUAACACUGGCGUUGCACUCAAUGUUCAGGGUACUGAGUCAGAGGUGAAUUCUCUGGCAUCGUUACCGUCAACGCCUGAUGCCUUGUCAAGUGCCAGUGAUACGGAUUCGGAUUUGUCAUCACAAGCAUCUGGCUCAUCAAAGGACAGCGUUGAUAACACUCCAGAGCGUCAGAAGCCCUCGAGCUCAACUCCUUCAUCACCAACAGAAGACUUAACUCAAACACAUGGCAGUUUAGAUGCCAAGGUUCAGAAAUCAGGCUCUGCAAACACUCCAAAAGACCUGGAAGUGAGAACAUUGAAGACUUUGCAAGUUGUGUCUGAUUCUAAACCUCUUAAGGAAGACGUUCCGUCCAAGAGCACUGCUGCUAAAGAGAAGCCUAGUGUUAAGGAGGAGUUGGCAAAGCCAUCCCAAAGUCCUCCCCAGCAAGCGGUUAGAACUGCCACUCAUAUGGUAACAUCACGGACGUAUCGUAAUAGCAACCAUCAACAGAGCAGUAAAUUCCGUAGCAGUAGUGUCGGUGGCAGUGGUGCUUUGCACGGUAGCAGCGGUGGGAUCAGUAAUACAGGAAACGGCUCUGGCAGCAGUAGCGGCAACAACGGUCGAGGCGGCAGCAACAACAACAACAACAUCAACAAGAAGAUUAAGCGCAAGCACAAAAAGGACAACAAUUCUAACCCUGUCCGUUGAACAUUGCCAGGUCUGAUACGACAAACUCCAGCUCCGCGAGGAUUGAAUGUUGACAAAAGCCAGCAGUGAUUCUUUAAAGUCUUCGUUAGCACCACCUCACAAAAUCAGGCAUUCCUGAAAGUGUUAAUGUUAAGUGUAAAGAUCACGUAAUCCUGAUUGGUAAGACUAACUUACUGGAAGUGAGUUCCGUAAUCCUCACUUUUGAACCCUGCAUUUGGGUAAAAAAAAAUGAGAAAAAGAGAGGAUUAAAUGGCGUAUGAGUUACCCUUGUAUCAUUUUAAAAGCUACUUCACCGCCUUAACCAUUUCAUUAUGACGAUUUUUCUUCUCUGUGUAUAGACAUCUCAACACCCGAUCUGGAACAACUUAAACGACGUACGACAACUUGAACCAUAUCAUACUGUAUAUUUUUGUAACUGGGUGCAAUAAGCUGGGUGUACAUUAACGUUGUCUGACUUUAUUUAUGCAUCACUGUCUAUGCAACACUUGAAGUACCUGUUGCGCUAGUAAAAAAAAAAAAAAAAAAACAUUGUUGAAAAAAAAAC